AUGUCUUGUUAUCUGCCGCCUGUGUGCAGAAGGAGCUUAUCCAACACUUUUCUACUUCCAACUCAGCUUCCGAGAUCGUCAACGGUGUCGCCACAUUCCUUUUUAACUCCGCAUCGCCCGCAUCAUCAACGCCUCCGAUCAUCUUCCAUUCAGUUCUCUACUCGGCUCGCCCCAAGGUCCUCUCGUACAACCUUGUCUCUCGCCAAUCUCCGGCCACUACUGCACUCCCGUUUCUCGGACAAUAUGGAUAGUCAAGGUGACCUGAGCGCAAAGCGCAAGCGUAGCACUGCUGCCAAUGUUGCGGAACAUCCAAACAAGCAACUCAGGCCCGAGGGUGCUAUUCUGACCCCCGGUGAUGGGACCCCCGCCAAUGGAACGGUCUAUAAUGUCGAAGAGGAGCUGGAUGACGAGCCUGAGGCAGUCGUUGCUCCUGUACCAGCAGAUUCGCCUGAAUGGCAGGCCACUAUUGAGAAGGUUGUCAAGAGUGCGGUUUCCAUCCACUUCUGUCAGACCUGUUCGUUCGACACAGAGCUUUCAAUGUCCAGUCAGGCGACUGGAUUUGUGGUAGAUGCUCAGCGUGGCUACAUCUUAACGAAUCGCCAUGUCGUUGGUUCCGGGCCUUUCUGGGGUUACUGUAUCUUUGACAACCAUGAAGAGUGCGAUGUCAAGCCCGUGUACCGAGACCCUGUUCACGAUUUCGGUAUUCUACAAUUCGACCCCACAAAGAUUCGCUACAUGGACCUCACAGAGCUCAAGCUUCAACCAGACGGGGCACGGGUUGGCACAGAAAUCCGUGUUGUGGGUAAUGACGCUGGUGAGAAACUCAGUAUUCUCUCUGGCGUGAUCAGUCGACUGGAUCGCAAUGCGCCUGAGUAUGGUGACGGCUAUUGUGAUUUCAACACAAACUACAUCCAGGCUGCUGCUGCUGCCAGUGGAGGUAGUUCAGGAAGUCCUGUGGUCAACCUCGCAGGUCAUGCUGUUGCAUUACAGGCUGGUGGCCGAGCCGACGGCGCUGCCACUGAUUACUUCUUACCGCUGGAUCGCCCACUUCGCGCAUUAGAAUGUAUCCGCCAAGGCCUUCCUGUGACUCGUGGUACUAUCCAAACACAAUGGGUUUUGAGACCUUUCGACGAAUGCCGUCGUCUGGGCUUGACACCCGAGUGGGAAGCUGCUGUGCGUGCGGCUGCACCCAGUGAGACGAAUAUGCUUGCUGCAGAAAUCAUUCUCCCUGAAGGUCCUGGCGAUAGUAAAAUUUUGGAGGGUGAUGUCCUUCUGAAGGUGAAUGGGGAGCUUCUUACACAAUUUGUCCGCCUUGACGAUAUUCUGGAUUCUAGCGUGGGCAAGUCCAUCAAGUUGCUCGUGCAGAGAGGUGGCAAGGAUGUUGAGGUCGAGUGUGAAGUGGGAGACCUUCACGCAAUCACUCCUGAUCGAUUCGUCACCGUUGCCGGUGGCACAUUCCAUGAUCUAUCCUACCAACAAUCGCGCCUUUAUGCCAUUGCCACUCGAGGAGUCUAUGUCUGUGAGUCGGCUGGCUCGUUCAAGCUGGAGAACACAGUGGCCGGAUGGCUCAUUGAUUCUAUUGACAAGCGGCCGGUGAACAAUCUCAACGAAUUUGUAGAGAUCAUGAAGAACAUUCCGGAUCGUACCCGUGUGGUAAUCUCGUACCGUCACAUUCGGGAUCUUCACACGAAAGGAACUAGUAUCGUCUAUGUCGACCGUCACUGGCACCCCAAGAUGCGAUUGGCGGUUCGUAACGACGAAUCUGGUCUCUGGGAUUUCUCCGACCUCGCCGAUCCCAUCCCCGCCAAACCCCCCGUUCCAAUGGAGGCCAACUUCAUUCAGUUAGAUGGUAUCAGCCAACCUGCUGCGGCCGAGAUUGUCCGUAGCUUUGUGCGAGUGUCCUGCACCAUGCCCUUGAAGCUGGACGGAUACCCACAGGCAAAGAAGACUGGAUUUGGUCUUGUCAUCGAUGCUGAGAAGGGUCUGGUCGUGGUCUCGAGAGCUAUCGUGCCCUACGAUCUUUGUGACAUCAAUAUCACCGUCGCUGACUCUAUUAUUGUCAGUGCGAAGGUGGUGUUCUUGCACCCGCUUCAGAACUACAGCAUCAUUCAAUAUGACCCCAGCCUUGUCAAGGCUCCGGUCAAGAGCGCCCAGCUCAGCACUAAUUACAUUAAACAGGGUCAAGAUACUAUCUUCGUUGGCUUUAACCAAAACUACCGAAUUGUCGUGGCUAAGACCACCGUCACUGAUAUCACGACGGUAUCCAUCCCGGCUAAUGCGGCUGCUCCUCGUUAUCGUGCAAUCAAUUUGGAUGCCGUCACGGUCGAUACCGGACUCAGUGCACAGUGCUCCAAUGGUGUAUUGAUUGGCGAAGAUGGCGUGGUGCAGGCCUUAUGGCUGAACUACCUCGGCGAGCGCUCUGCCAGUUCUCACAAGGACAUUGAAUAUCACCUUGGCCUUGCUACCCCCUAUAUUCUUCCUGUUACAUCCAAGAUUCAGGAAGGAUUGACCCCUCAGUUACGGAUUUUGAACAUGGAGAGCUACGUAGUGCAGAUGAGCCAGGCUCGCAUCAUGGGUGUCUCACAGGAAUGGAUUAACAAGGUCACUGAGGCUAACCCCUCUCGGCACCAGUUGUUCAUGGUGCGAAAGGUUGACAGCCCACCUGCAGCUGCCAUUGUGGACCCUAGCACUAGUUUCCAGGAGGCCGACAUCAUUCUCACCCUAGAUGGUCAGCUCAUCACUCGAGUCUCUGAGUUGGAUGUCAUGUACGAGAAGGAAUACCUGGAUGCUUUGGUUGUACGCAACGGUGAGGAAGUGAGCAUUCGCGUCCCCACUGUGCAAACCAAGGACAUUGAGACGGAUCGUGCCAUUGUCUUCUGUGGUGCUGUCUUGCAGAAGCCACACCACGCUGUCCGCCAGCAGAUCUCCAAGGUCCACAGUGAGAUCUACGUGAGCGCAAGAAGUCGUGGAUCACCAGCUUACCAUUACGGACUUGCGCCCACGAACUUCCUCACUGCUGUCAACGGUGUGUCAACCCCCGACCUGGAUAGCUUCGUUCGCGAAGUCAGCAAGAUUCCCGAUAAUGUGUACUUCCGUGUCCGUGCUGUGACCUUUGACAAUGUCCCAUGGGUAGUCACCAUGAAGAAGAAUGACCACUACUUCCCCAUGUCUGAGUAUGUCAAGGAUCCCACUAGUUCAGCUGGGUGGCGCACUAUCUCUCAUGAAACUCAGGUUGGUGUUGCUCCCGAUGCUGCUAACCUGAACCCGGAUGCUAUGGAUGAGGGUGUGCAGGGUGGGAGUGAUAUCGAGCCUGACAUGGUUUAA